AUGUCAACUCAACAUUAUGGACCUGCGCCUGUUGGGAGGGUUAUACGGAGACUGUUCCAAAAGAAACGAGUGCAGCUGACGAACGGUAACCUCGUUAUUGAUUUGAAUGUCCCAACCAAACUUGUCUUGCCAUUAAGACGGGAGGAAGAGAUGCUGAAAACUCGGUAUACGGCUGUGACUUGUGAUCCGGAUGAUUUCAAGAAAAGUAACUUCUUCCUGCGUCAAAACGAAUAUAACAGGAGGACAGAGCUCUUUAUUGUUAUUACAAUGUACAAUGAAGACGAGAUUUUGUUCUGUCGUACAUUACAUGGCGUUAUGCGAAAUAUCGGCCACCUUUGCACGCGUAAGAACUCGCAGACAUGGGGUCAAGACGCAUGGAAGAAGGUUGUGGUCUGCAUCGUCGCGGACGGACGGAAGAAGAUCCAUCCUCGGGUCUUGGACUGUCUCGCCGCUUUGGGCGUCUAUCAACACGGAGACUUCAUGAAGAACAUGGUCAACAACAGACCUGUUACAGCACAUCUAUUUGAGUAUACGACGUCAUUUGGUCUGGAUGAGAACUUGCAUUUUAGAUAUCCAGACAAGGGCAUCGUUCCGACGCAGAUUCUUUUCUGUCUGAAGGAGAAGAAUCAGAAGAAGAUAAAUAGUCAUCGGUGGUUCUUCAAUGCUUUCGCUCCUUUGCUUAGGCCCAACGUUUGCGUUCUCAUCGAUGUUGGAACCCGACCUGGAAAUAAGAGUCUGUACCAUUUAUGGAAGACAUUUGACCUGAACUCGAAUGUCGGUGGUGCGUGUGGUGAAAUCGCAGCAUAUAAGGGAAAGCAUUGGAGAUCACUAUUGAACCCCCUUGUUGCCUCUCAAAAUUUCGAGUACAAGAUCUCGAAUAUCCUUGAUAAGCCUACGGAAUCGCUUUUCGGUUUCAUCACCGUUUUGCCUGGUGCCUUCUCGGCAUACAGAUACAUAGCACUUCUUAACAACAAAGCAGGUGUUGGCCCGUUGGCAUCCUAUUUCAAAGGCGAAGUCUUGCAUGGGAGGGAAACUGAUAUAUUCACGUCGAAUAUGUACCUUGCUGAAGAUCGUAUUCUUUGCUUUGAGGUGGUUGCAAAGGAAAACUCCAACUGGGUUCUGCGAUUUGUCAAGUCUGCAAUCGGCGAAACGGACGUUCCUGAAACGCUUCCUGAAUUCAUUGCACAGAGAAGACGGUGGUUGAACGGCUCGUUCUUCGCUUCGGCAUACUCUAUCGCACAUGUCGCACAAAUGCUACGUUCAGGUCACAGCACUAGCCGGAAGAUAUGGCUCAUGAUCGAAACUGUUUAUAACAUCAUCAAUAUUAUUUUUGCUUGGUUCUCUCUCGGCAAUUAUUAUUUAUUCUUUAAUAUGGUAACUUCGUCUCUAGAGGAUCCGGCAUUUGGUCUUCACGGCAUUUCGGUUUUCAACUCUAUCAUACAGUACGGAUACAUUUCUCUUAUAAUAGGUUGUUUCCUGUUCUCUAUGGGUAACAGACCGCGGGCAUCUCCCUGGAAAUACAAGCUCUCGUCAAUAUUCUUCGCAAUCAUUAACAUCUACGCUAUCGUCGCUGCUGGUCUUUGUGCAGCCCAAGCCGCAAAACAGGGUGGGGCUGUGUAUUCUGCGAUGUUGUUUAGUGUGAUUAUCACAUAUGGGGCCUAUGGCAUCUCUAGCAUUCUUGCGUUUGAUCCCUGGCAUAUGAUUACGAGUUUUGUGCCGUAUGUGCUUAUGGUUCCAACAUUCGUCAACAUUUUGAAUAUCUAUGCGUUCUCAAAUCUUGACGAUAUCUCGUGGGGCACCAAGCAGGAUAAUCAAGUCGAUACUGACCUUGGAGCAGUCGUUCAGAACAGCCAGUCCCAAGUUGAUGUUGAAAUUCUAACGGAACCUGCAGAUGUGAACCAGAUGUAUGAAGAGACAUUGCGAAACUUGCGUACUAGGAAGCCAGUGGAGAAGCCGAAUAAUGUUAAUAUAGAAUCGGAACGUGAGCAACAGGCGAGGGAUUAUUAUGCGAAUGUCCGCACAAACGUCUUACUAGUUUGGGUUCUUACCAACGGUAUUCUUCUCCUGGCGAUCUUGAGUGUCGGAAAUCCGGCCGAGACGUUUAGCAGUGGAAAUAAUCCGACCAAGGUUUAUAUGACGUUCAUCCUUGCUUUCGUAGGGAUCACAAGCAUCAUACGCUUCGCUGGUUCAACUUUAUACAUGCUUGCAUACCUUUUCACUGGAUGA